UCAAAGUAUGAGACCAGAAAGGCAGUAGUCCUGCAAAUGGACUUGCGGAAAAGUAUUGUGGAUCAACAGAGAUCACUUAUCUCCCUCUACAAAGCCCCAAAGGUAGAGUGGGCGGCCCUGUCAGCUGCAAACUGGAAGGGGAUGUUGCUGUUGGAGAAGGGGUGAAGAGAUUCUUCUUCUCAAAGGCAGUUUCUCUAGUACAGUCUGGUUUGCAUUUGAAUUUUGGGAACACAGAUCUUACAAGACUGUUUGACGGUGAGCCAGAACACUUGACUCCACCCACUUCUCAGACCUUGCUUGAGAGUGACAUGUUUUUGGUGGCAGGAAGAAUAAUGGGACAUUCAUUCAUUCAUGGUGGACCAUGUGUGUCUGGUAUAAGUCCUGCAAUCAUCCAUGUCCUUUUUGGUGGCUCACCUGAAACAGCUACAGUUCAGAUUGAGGAUUGCCCUGAUAUUGAUAUCCGCAGCACUAUUCAGCUGCUUGAUGGCACUGCUGAAUUAACAGAACUGGAACGAAGAAAUGUUCUCGAGCUAACCCUGGCUUGGGACCUGCCAGGUGUCACACAAACCAAUAGAAAGUGGCUGUAUGAACGUCUGCUAUUCCACGCUGUCAUAACACGAACAAGCCGUCAAGUCAAGCAGCUGAGGAAAGGGCUUAAGGAGACCAUGGUAUGGCCGCUUCUGACAGAAAGAUCAGACAUCAUUCCUCUUUUCUUACCAAGGGAAUCAGAGACUGCUCUCUGUUGUGAGUCUAUUCUAGAAAGGAUAGUGUGGCCUGCCACAGAAGAUGAAGAUGAGAAGGAAGAGGAAUGCUGUCUUGAGGAUAAAUGCAGAGUGGCAGGCUACCUUCGGUCCUUCAUUGAAAAUGCGUCGUGUGCACAACGAAAAGCCCUCAUCAAGUUUUGGACAGGAUGGGAAGUCUUGCCAAGAGAAAUGACUGUGGAAGUGGUCAACAGCACUCUUCCAAAGUCUUCCACCUGUUUUGAAGUUCUACGUCUUCCUGCACACUACUGUACCUAUGAGUCAUUUCUGAUGGACAUUGAGGUGUCUCUCAAAUCUACUGACUCAGGUUUUGGUCUCGUUUAGGAUUGAUUCCAU